GAGAGAUUUUUUAUAGCACAGCUCUUGUGUUGUCUUCACUAUAGUAGUACUACUGUGCUUUGUCCUCUUCACUGAUUACUAUGGAGACGGAAUGAGUCAUUCCUUCUCGUUUUCUCUCUCUAGAAUCCAAAUUCAGAGAUCAGCUUUCUGAUCAAACGGAUCAUUUUCCCCAGAAAAUUUAUUUACUUACUUUUCUCAUCAUCCAAUCAAAUCAAUCAAUACCAUGAAGACCGUCACCUCCACCGCAACCGACAUUCUCAAAACCCCGACUUUUGUCAAAGUAUCCGCCAUUGUUCUAAUCUCUCUCUCCGUGUUCUUCCUCGCUUGUCAUUUCUUCUCUAACUCUUACUAUCCCCUCGCCUUCACUUUCUUCUCCCCUUCCUCCGUGGUCUCCGAUGAUGAUGGUGAUUUUCGAGGAUUCACUUCGUCUGUUAAUUCCCCCUCACUGAUGGAUUCUCCAUUGUCGUCUCCUCUUCCUCUGCCACCGCUGCGGACACCUCCACCUCCGCCACCUCCCUCGGCAGCGAGGAGGACGGGGAUAGUCGACGAGAAUGGGGCGAUGUCGGAGGAGUUUGAGGUCGGAGAGUUCGAUCCGAGUUUGAUAGAGGAUCUGAGGAAUUGCAGCGGUGGAGGUGAAAGAAUAGACAAUGGGGUUAAGGAGAAGGUUAGGGUUGAGAAGUUCAAGCUCUGUGAUCAGAGCAUGAUGGACUACAUUCCUUGUCUGGAUAAUGUGGAGGAGAUAAAGAAGUUGAAUUCGACCCAGAGAGGGGAGAAGUUCGAGAGGCAUUGCCCUGGCGAAGGCAAAGCUUUGGAUUGCGUGGUGCCGAGGCCCAAAGGCUACCAGAAUCGGAUUCCAUGGCCGCAAAGCAGAAACGAGGUAUGGUUCAGUAAUGUUCCUCAUACACGUCUGGUUGCAGACAAAGGCGGUCAGAAUUGGAUAGCUGUAAAGGAAGAUAAAUUUGUUUUUCCUGGAGGUGGGACACAGUUUAUUCAUGGUGCGGAUAAAUACUUGGACCAGAUUUCAGAGAUGGUUCCCCAAAUUGCAUUCGGGCGAAACACACGAAUUGCGUUAGACAUUGGUUGUGGAGUGGCAAGUUUCGGAGCCUUUUUGAUGCAACGUAAUGUGACCACUUUGUCAAUAGCACCGAAAGAUGUCCAUAAGAAUCAGAUUCAGUUUGCAUUGGAGCGAGGUGUGCCUGCUAUGGUCGCCGCAUUUGCCACGAGGCGGUUGUUGUAUCCAAGCCAGGCAUUUGACUUGAUUCAUUGCUCAAGAUGCAGAGUUAAUUGGACUCGGGAUGACGGAAUUUUGCUUCUCGAGGUCAACAGGUUGUUAAGGGCCGGAGGAUAUUUUGUUUGGGCAGCACAACCUGUUAAUAAACACGAAGAAAACCUGCAAGAACAAUGGAAAGAGAUGGAAGACCUCACCACCCGUAUUUGUUGGGAACUUGUAAAGAAAGAAGGAUAUAUUGUUAUAUGGCAGAAGCCUUUGAACAAUAGCUGCUACUCUAAUCGCAACCCUGGAGUGCAGCCUCAGCUAUGUGAUACCACUGAUGAUCCAGAUAGUGUUUGGUACGUUAGUUUGAAGCCAUGCAUCACUCGAUUGCCCGAUAAUGGUUUUGGAGCUAACCUUACUGCAUGGCCUGAACGACUUCAAAAUCCACCAGAAAGGCUCCAGAGCAUAACGAUGGAUGGCUACAUAUCUAGAAAGGAACUCCUUAGAGCAGAAUCACAGUACUGGAAGGAUAUAAUAGAUGGCUAUCUUCGUGCUUAUCACUGGAGAGAGUUGAAGUUUAGAAAUAUUCUGGACAUGAGAGCUGGAUUUGGAGGGUUUGCAACAGCUCUCAUCGAGCACCAAUAUGAUGGCUGGGUUAUGAACGUUGUCCCUGUUAGUGGGUUUAAUACGUUGCCUGUUAUCUAUGAUCGUGGACUCGUUGGAGUUAUGCAUGAUUGGUGCGAGCCAUUUGACACUUAUCCAAGGACAUAUGACUUAAUACAUGCGGCAGGUCUCUUCUCUAUUGAAAAAAAGAGAUGUAACAUAACAAGCAUCAUGCUUGAGAUUGAUCGGAUGAUGAGGCCCGGUGGCCGGGCUUAUAUACGUGACUCAGUAUCUGUAAUAAGCGAACUUCAAGAAAUUGCUAGUGCCAUAGGUUGGGUGCCUGCAUUACAUGACACAGGUGAAGGUCCUUUUGCAAGCUGGAAAAUCCUAAUAUGUGAGAAGCGGUUGUGACAAGCUCCGGUGAUCCAAAGCAUCUUCAAUGUCUAGGUUUCCAUCUACCUGAAAAUCUCAAAUAUAACAUUUAAGCUAACUGUAUGUCAUUAUGCAAAUUUAUUUUUAAUAUGUAUGUAGUAUUUUAGCAUUCAUGUCCUUCCUAAGAAAAGAGAAUAGGAAAAGAAAGAAUUUCAUACUAGCAGAUUGUUUUUUACAUUAAUAAUAAUAAGAUAACCAAGUUGGCUUUUGUUA